AUGCAUCAUCUCGAGCAGGCACUAUCACGUAAGAAAAGCAGCAGCUGGCUGUCGCUUCUUAAAGAUGGUCGAAAGGGAGGCAGUUCCAAGUCCACGUCAGCAGCAGCUACAGCGGAACCUACGUCAGCAGAAACCGAAGCGCAUCAUGCCCCGCCAGGCGAGGAGAUCCCAGAGGAGGCUCGGGUCAAGCCUAGCCGAACCUCCAGCGGAGGCUCUUUAUUGGACUGGAAAGGGAAGGGCAAGAAGGAUAAGCCUAGGAGCUAUGCAUUGGGGAAGAGCGAACCGGGCGCGCCUGCCGUAACUAUCGAGGUUACAAGGGCCUUUGUUGACGACGAUUGCCCUCUUUCGUCUCCUUCCUCCACCGCUGUGUCCUCCGUUCCUUCAGGCUCCUCCCUCUCGUCCACCUCCUCUCGUUCCACCUCAGCACGCUCCUCACUGGACCGUCCCGUUAACGGCAGCCCCGCUAUAGACCGUUCCAGUAGAGACGAUGAGUCGCCUAUGGCUCUGCAAACGGCUGACUCCCUGCGCAUCCACAGAAAGGCCAAGGAAGCUUCAUCGAAGCAGCACGACGGCACCUCGCCAGUCCCGCAGCUGAAGCUUCGGAUAGAACCGCCAGUCCCGAGCCUCGAAGGGUCAGACCGAACCUCGGCCGCGAGCAGCCGAGUCAGCAGCAGCGGAAGCGAGAGCGGGAGCGCGACCGCCAGCAGCGGCCGUCACGGUGGGACGAACGGCGCAACCAGCGCGAGCGUAUCGAGCAUCAGCAGGGGUAGCGUCGGCGGCGCGAACAGAGACCGGGACCGGAGCAGGGGUAGGGACGGGUCGCUUAGGGUUGUAUCACUUCUAGGGGCGGCAACGGAAGUGGUGGCGACGCUAGGGUUGCAGCAUCUGCUGGUGGGGCGGUCACACGAGUGCAAGUUCCCGCCGUCCGUGCUCGCGCUGCCGUGCGUCACGGCGCCCGCGUCGGGAUCGGGCAUGGAGGGGCCAAGCUGCGGCUCCGCGCACGACACGGUGAGUGCGCGGCGAGCCGAGGUCAUGUUGCACCGUAGACGUUACCCCCACCCCCCCCCCCCCCCCCACAACCUCCCUCAUUCCCCUCUUUCCCGCCCCGCCUGUCCCUCGCCCCGCCCCUUCUUUCUCCCCUCUCCACCUCACCGCCAUUCUCUCUCCAUUUCUACUCCUCCCACAGCCAUGCCACCCUCCCCCCUGCGUCUCUCAUUCCCGCGCCAACCCCUCCCCUCGUCCAAUCGCAGCACGCGCGCAAGGGUCUCUCUGCGACCAUUCACAUUCGUCUCGUCUCGUCCUGCCGCUCGUUUUAUCACUGCUCACAUGCCCUCCUCCCACUCCGUUCCCCCGCAUCCUUUUCCGCGUCCCCCUUCCCACUCCUCUCUUCCCCAACCGCAGCUGUCGCAGCGCGUGCGGAAGAGCCUCUCCCGAUACCACGUGGACGUGGAAGCGAUAAAACGACUGCAGCCAGAUGUGAUUAUAACGCAGGACGCUUGCGACGUGUGCCUCGUGACUGUAGCGGACCUCGAGGCGGCGUGCGCGGAGUACUUCAAGCAGCGCGAAGACUCGGGACACGUGUGCCACGUGGUAUCGCUCAAGCCAAUCACGAUCUCGGACGUGUGGGACAACAUGGUUCAGGUCGCAGCGGCGGUCGGGCACAGGGAGAAAGGUUGCGUGCUCGUGCAGACUCUUAAAGCGCGCUGGUCGCUCGUGCGCAGGCAGGUUCCGCUCCGCGGAUCGUCCCCGCGCGUGCGCGUGGUGUGCCUGCAGUGGCUGCGCCCGCUCAUGGGCGCGGGGUUCUGGGUUCCGGAGAUCGUCGCUUGCGCGGGAGGCAAGAGCCUGUCGGGGAAGCCGGGAGAGCGCACGGCCAUGCUAACUUUGGAAACCCUUCUAUCUUUGGACCCUGACGUCAUCAUCGCCAUGUGCUGCGGAUUGUCCAUGGAAGCAGUUUUAAGAGAGUUUCUUAACUUGGACGAUUUACCCCAGUGGAACCGGUUGAGAGCGGUUCAGACGGAUUCCGUCUUCGUGGCUGACGGCGACCGUUACUUUAACAACUCGGGGCCGACUAUAGUCGAGUCGGCGGAAAUCAUGGUGGAAAUUCUCCAUGCGCGCCGGUUCCCAAACCACAGAACCGCAGUGAACCGCUCUGGCGCCGCUUCUGGCGGUGAUAAUGACGCUCCGCUUUCCUCUUUCCGCAACAACCGCGUGUUGGGCUCGGGACACGUGGUGGCAGGCCCGGAUUCCCCGGAAAUUGAGAUUAAGUACGAGGGGAGGGCAUACGCGCAGUUAACGGGCGGGUGCGUGGGCGCGUGGCGCGCGCUGCUCGGGGAUGGCGGAGGGGUCGACCAGGCGGGGGGGAGCUGGGGGAAGCUGGAUGUGGGAAUGGGGGGGAAUGUGGGGAGCGAUAGUGCGGGAGAAAGGGCGGGCGGGAGCGGAGGGGAGGGGGAGGGAUGGUUUGCGCAAUUGGCGUCGGAAGCAGCGGCUAAGGGGGCGAAGGAAGCGGCGCGGGAGGCGGCUUUGGUGGCCAAGGCGGCGGGGAAGCAUCAGCAGCAGCAGGUGGGGCACGCGCAGCAGUUGCAAGGGCAGGGGGGCAGCAAGGGGGAGGUGGCGAAGGUGGCGAACAACGAAGCGUUUGUUGUUCCUCUUCGCCCGCCUCCUGGUUACACGGGAAUCGUUACAACAGCCAGCAGCAGCGCCGCUGCCACCACCGCUGCUCUAGUCGGUCCUGCCGCUGCUACCGCAAGUGCUGCGCCCUCCGCGCCCGCUCCGGAGCCCUUGGCGCCCCUCCCCUCCCCUCCCGGGCGCAGCUCCAGGCGGUCUCUGUGGGGGCUGAAGCGGGGGAAAGGGGGGAAGGACGCGGAGGGGGGAGUAGAGGCGGAGAUAAAGCCGCAGCAGGAGGCGCAGCAGCAGGAGCCACAGCAGGAGGAGGAGCAGCAGGAGGAGGACGCUUCCCCCGCCUCCCCCCCUCCGCCCGCCAUCUCCCUCACAGGCGCGGCGCUCAAGGCGGCGCAGCUGCGCGCGCUCUUCCUCGCGACCAUAGAGGACUCGCUCCCCGCGGACUGCCUGCUCCUCUCGGGCGGGCUCGCGUCCACCAUCAUUGCGCACGCCGCCACCUCGCUCAUCUGGCCGGGCAGCAUAGCCGCCGCGAUUACCGUCCUCGCGAGCCCCAAGUCCGCGGACAGGCUCCCCGCGGCGGCGGCCGCGCGCGGGUGCCAGCUGGGCGCGGGGAUGGGCGCGGGGGGGAGCGGGGGGCAUGUGUUUGUGGGGGGCGGGCCGGGGUUUCAGCCGGAGCAUCUGUUGGAGACGGAGCUGCGGUUUGUGGUGCGGGUAUUGAAGAGUUUCGACCCUGCUGAGCCGGAGCAUCUGUUGGAGACGGAGCUGCGGUUUGUGGUGCGGGUAUUGAAGAGUUUCGACCCUGCUGAGAUCCGCAUGGGCGUGGUGCUGGCGGCGGGAUUGAGGGAGGCCAAGCGGCAGGGGUUCUGCUCGGUGAUGGUGGGCGAUGGCGCAGACGAGCUCUUCACCGCGUUCGACUUCAUGGUGCGAAUGAGCGAUGCCAAGCUACAGGAGUGUCGGCACCACAUGGUGGAUGUGCUGCGCUUCCCCUGCAGAGACCUCGCGCAGGCACUCGGCCUCGAGGUUUGGCAGCCGUUCCUGCACCCGGCCCUGCAGGAGUUCGCCUUGGGGCUGACCAAGGACGAGCUGCUGGGGGAGGGGCGCAGCGAGGAGUGGUGUGACUAUAACGAGGGCAACCUGCUGCUGCGCAUGGCCUUCCCUGAAGUGGUCUCCGCCCGUCGGCCCAAGGACCCUAUUGAGGUGGGGGCGGGCACAGUGGCACUGACACGCCACUUUGCAAGGCGGAUGGCGCGGGAGGAGUUUCAGAUGGAAAGGCAGAGGGUGAAGAGGGAGGACCAGGUUCGGAUACGGGACCCAGAGCAUCUGCACUACUACCAAGCCUUCCGGCAGGUGUUUGGCGGCCCUGUCCUGCCAGGGGUGCAGCGCUGGCAGCCCAACGCCUGCUCUGCCUGCGGCUUCCCGCCUCUCUUCCCAGAUCAGCUCCUCUGUGCCACCUGCGGCGAAUGCUCCACUCGCAAAACCUCCUCCCGCCGCCGCUCCCAACCCAACAACACCGGCCCUGGUGCUGGCGGUGUUGGGAGCGGUGCUGGGGACGUUGGGGCAGGCGCAGAUGGGUUCGGAGUGGUUGGAUUGGGCGGAUUGGAAGGGGUGCAUGGGAGGGGCCAGUGGGGCGGGACUGGUAGCGGUUGUAACGGCCAGGGAAGGUUGAGUGAUGUGCCGCGCAGCCCCCGCCGCCCCUCCACCCCCCCUCGAGGCUCCUCUCCCAGUGGCGCUUCCCCUUCCAGUGCUGGCAACAGCGGGAGGAAGCAGCGGGGCUGCUGGGGCAACGCGGGAGCGGGAGGAGGGCAAGUGGGAGGGCGAGAGGCGUUUGGAGCGGUGGAGAGGGAGGGGUGUGGGGAGGGAGGGGAGUGGGGGGAGCAAGUGGUGGUGGAGGUGGCAGAGGAGGUGUGUGCGGCUCUGUCAGUGGUGGAUCAAGCUCUAGCGGGGGUUGCAUCUCCUGAUCGAACCUUGCCUGUGAAACACGCCCUAGGAACAAGCAGCAGCAACAGCAACAGCAGCAGGAGUUGCACGGACAACAAUGGCUCCAUGAAUAAUGUGCAACCGAUGAGCAACAUCCACGCGUUGCUGCUCUCAACCUACUCGCACCCGCCCUCUGCCACCUCUGCUCUCCACCAUUCCGACUCUCUGCUCUCCCUGGUUGCCUGUGUGGACGGUGGGUUGAGCGUAUGGGGCGAUAUUAUUGGCUCAAGCCAGUGCAGCGACGAGCCUGAAGGCGAUAGUGACUAUAACGGGCGGGAUAAUAACGAGGAAAAGGAGAGGUGUCGGAGCGAGGGUGGGCAGAGGAGAGGCAGCCGGAGAGCGGGGAGGGGGAGGCGGAUGAGAGAGCGAGGAGGGGCGAUCGGUGGAGGAGGGUCGAUGGACGGUCUAGAUCGCGAGGAUGCAGAUGUGAUUACCGAGGGAACGGAGAUGUGGAGUGUUACUGAUGCAACGACAGAAGUGGCAGGGUUUAGUGAGAGUGAAGAGUGGGGCGAUGGGGAUGGGGAUGGGGAUGGCGAUGGGGAUGGGGAUGGGGAUGGGGACGGUACACACGAAGGGCUGAGCAGCAGCGGCAGUUUCUCGGACUGUGCUAGUAGCUUUUCAGGGAGGGAUGGGGGAGCGGAGGUGCUUGGGGUGGGGAUGAUGGGGGGAGGGGGAGGAGGGGAGAAGGGUUAUGUGCUGGGUGGAAAUGAGUGGGGGGACAGUGGGCAUGGCAGUGGAAGGUAUCUGAUCAAGGGUGCGGAAACAGCAUCGAAGUACAGAGUGAGUGGUCUUUCCAUUGCCAUCCCCUGCUAG